AUGCCAGAAAAGGCCGCCGUGACUGUAUCUGACAAGCGGGACCCCGAGGUCGAGGGACGCGGCGAGUCCAGCGGCAAUUGGUUUAGUCGACGCCUGCGGAAGCCCAGCGCAAAGCAAGGUAGAGAAGCGGAGGGGAUAUGCGUGAGGACCGAGAUUGAACUGGAACGACCAAAGACGGCUCCCUCUACUGGCACAAAGGACUGGGCGUAUGCGACUACUGAUGUGCCGCCAUUGCCUCGUCCGCUCGGCAAGCCUCCUCCUCUACCACGACCGGAAUCAGGAGUGAUCCGAGACGUCAAUGCGUGGUUGGAUGCCAGCACCAUCCAGCCUGCUCCUCGCAUCAUGGGUGGCAUCCCAUACUGGAGGGAAGGCGGGUUGGUUCACACCGUCCCACGCUCUGAUGUCCGUUAUGCCUUUGACAUUCGACCGGCGAGGCCUACAACUCACGGUCAACAGUUCAAAUCCUUCUGUCGCCGUGCCGGAAAGAUGCAGGUACGCAUGCCAACGCUUCCUCGAUCUCAGCGCAAUACACUGGCACAACGCAAGCAGCUUAACCGUGGCUCGAACACCGUCCCGUCUUUGCCGCCUCUACCACCCUCGCCGGUCGAAGCCAAGCCCAAGAUCCCCGAGCAAAAGCGUCCCUUUCGAUCCAAGUCCUUGAUGGAGUUGAAGAAGUUGUUCACGCCAGAGACAAGCCCUGAUCACGGCGGCAGUACGCUGAAGAUGCAGGUCAAGCCACGCGACCAGAAUCCUGCUCCUGCGCCCCAGAUGAGAAGCUCCGCCAGUUCCAGGUUCGACAACCAAGAGGCACUUAUGGAGAGACGCGUCAAUGCUGUAUUUGGGCGGACACGCGCAGCAAGCCAUGUGGGUACAAUGCGAUCAAUGAACAGCAGGCGUGGAGAGUCGGUAAUGUCUGAUGCGCCGACCUAUUCCACUGGAGUGCCGCCGCCAUCCUAUCACUCCCGGGCUGAAUCGAUCCGGUCUACCUCAUCGUUUGGUUGCGUUGAUGCCAUGAGAGAGACUCGAGAGCAUAACAGUCGUGGACAAACAGUUCCUCGCAACGGGGGUAUGAGAGAAAAGUUUAAGAAGAUCGCGCAGAAGGCGGGACUCUCGAAAAGAGACGGGUGAUACGGAUCUUCGGGGAAAUGGGAGGAAAAGUGAAUAUAAAGUUUUGACAGCUGCAGAUGCAGAUGAUUUGGGACACGGGCUGAGGAAAUGAAACGGAUGACGGCGGGAUCU